UCAUGGCCGAAAAGAGGAAGUCCAAGAAGAAAGUCCAGGAUAUUCCUCUUCCUGUAGAGGAAAAGCCAGAAAAACAGGAAUAUGCUGUUGCAACAUACCUGAAGAAGCAUUGUCCAGUUAAGAGGACAAAGUUCUUAAAUCAUCAAGUGAACUACUUCUAUGCAAAUAAGGCCGUUGAUAUUCUCCUGGAUUCACCAUGGGCCACUGGCAAGGAUAUCCUCUUUACGGACCGGGAGUCUGUCGUGGAAUACUGCAACAAGCUCUUAAAACACAAGUUCUUCCAUCGGGCUCGGAAAAUUCCGAUCACCGACAAGGACCUGAAACCAAAAGAUUUGAAUUUAUAGAUGGUACAGACGCAUAUGUUUGGAUGUACGACCCAGUUCCAUUUUGGUAUUAUAUUGCUGGUGGGCUUAUCCUCAUUGGUGCGAUUGCUGUGUGCCUCUUCCCUUUGUGGCCUCCGGGUGUUCGAAAAUGUGUAUACUACCUGAGUGUAGCAGCAGCAGGAUUCUUAGGCGUGAUCUUGGCUUUGGCUGUCAUCCGGUUCAUAGUCUUUAUCAUCAUCUGGGUCUUGAGCAUGGGAUACCACCACCUCUGGCUCCUGCCCAACCUUACCGAGGAUGUUGGGUUCUUUGCCUCAUUUUGGCCUCUGUACCAUUAUGAAUACCGUGGUGAAGGUUAUGUUCUGGUAAAAAAUCUGAUGGUGAUAAUGGAUUAGAUAGUCCAGACACGGCUGCAGAGACGGAUAAACCUGAGACAGACGUGGACAGGGUUCAUAGUGAGGACCAGACUGCAGGAAGUGAAACAGAUUCAGAAAAUUCAAAUUCACAAGCAUUUGAAAUAAUUGAAAAAGAAGAUGUAGAUGGUGUGCAUGAAACUGGCGAUGAGAAGGCGGAAACUAAAAAGGAUAUUAAUUCAGAUGACGGAGAAGAAGAUGAAAAUGAUGUUUUAGCAGAAGACAACAGUUGUUCAUAAAGUUACUCUACUUACAUUAUAUUCCUGAAAUAAUCAGUGAGGAAAGCGAUACAGUAAAGGUUGGUUAGUGGCAUGUACUAUUAUACAUGAGAUAUUAAACAAGGUAUUCAGUGUGUCCUUGGGUUGAUUAAAAUUCGACAUAAUAAACUGAAUGUUUGUUGAUGUUCAGUAUGGUUAAUUAUAGAAAUCUAGCAAGAUUUAUAAAUUUAUUUUAUUUUUAAAAAAAUAUAAGAGGAUUUUAUCUUGGGGAGACAUUGUUUACCAAUAAUAUAUAUCUAUUUGAGUGAAUCUCUUUGUUACCUUAGAGGUGCAUAAGAGCAGAAGUAUUUCAACUUGUUUUUAAAUUACAUUUGUAGUUCAUCUUAAGAUUAGCUCUCUAAUGGGCAGAGCUUGUUAGCAUCGCAAAAUUUAGUCCUGUGCAAGUGUUCUUCUAUGGUGAUAAAGGGAUUACUGGUAAGAGAUUUUGUCAGAGACUUAAAAUACUAUUUUAUAUACCAGUUUGAUAAUUUAGCAUUAUUCUUGUAUGUUAUUUUCUAAGCUUUCUUUCUGGUACAUAUACAGUGCAUAGAACUUCAUCAGGCUUCCAGUCCUUUCCAAAAUCCCAUGGUUCAUUUUGGGCAGAUUUUCAUGUAACUAAGAAUUUUUGUUAACUUAUUGAAAGUUACGUGACUCUUUGUUUUUAAUGGACGCUCAUAUUUGAAAGGUAAUAAAGAUGCAGUCUGCA